ACGCGUACAGGCUACCGCUGGCUGCUGAGGUCAUGGUGGUUAGUAAACUAGUACUUAUCCCUGCAGUGGCUGGGGAUACACCUCUGGGUCAGGGGUGAAAGCUAACUAACUAAAGAUCUGUUGCGAAUGAAUAUGGAAGAAACACGGGUCGUGAGUGCAGUCGGAUCAGCCAGAUCAGCCAAGGCAUUUCAGCUCAAUGAUUCAAGUUGGCCAGACUCGGCCAGAGAGAGGCCGGAGACCUACCAGCAGCGGACAGAAGCCCCUCCCUUCCCAGGAAUGUCUCAGCCCCACUGAAGUCGCAGGGCCACGUCAGCCAAUUGGCUCAGGCCCUGCCCUGGAAACAGCACCUGUUAAUCCCCCCCUCCUUCCAGCUCACCUGGGUGCAGGUUAGGCAGGUGAAGCGUCUCCCCGGAAACAGACCUAGAGCGCCCAACCUGCUGGGUCCUGCCUGCUCAAAUCGGAUUCAGCACAGCCAGGCGUCCCAAAAAGCCUCUAAGAGGUGAGCUGGGGCUUCCCUGCCCCACUCCCGUCCCUCCUGGACUCGCAGCUGACACCUACAGGAUCGGUCUCUCCUGCUGCCGGAAGUUGGGUUCCUUGCCGGCAGUGCUAGCUUUAUUUUUACCUGAUCUUCCCCCACCCAGGACCCAGCAGUGACAGCUGAGGCCAUGUGAGUCUGAUCCUGAAUGAGGCAUUAUCUCUGACAGUUUGUCCUGUCAUCCACUGUGGCACCACCAGCUUCCUCCGACAGCCUGGAUGGAACAGGCCACCGAGACAGCCUGUGUGAGAGGUGAGGGUAACCAUAGCCUGGACUAAGAAGAGGAGACUGGGCUUCUCGCUGGCAACCAGGUGAUGGGGACACAGGGUCACGACAAACACCCUCUGAACCCUGACAGUGAUCCUCUGUCCUGACCCUGCCUGACCAAGCCAUGUCCCAGCAAGCCUCAGUGGGCAGGGGGCUGCCCCCAGAUGUGCUGGCAGAGCAGGUGGAGCUAUGGUGGUCCCAGCAGCCCCGUCGCUCCUUGCUCUGUUUCUCCGUGGCCGUGAUCCUUGUGGCUGGCUGUGGGGCCGGUGGUGUGGCGCUGCUGUCCUCCACCAGCAGCCGAUCCGGCGAAUGGCGACUAGCCGUGGGCACUGUGCUCUGUCUGCUGGCCCUGCUGGUUCUGGUGAAGCAGCUGAUGAGCUCUGCCGUGCAGGAUAUGAACUGCAUACGCCAGGCCCAGCACGUGGCCUUGCUGCGCAGCGGCGGAGGCGCCGACGCUGUUGUAGUGUUGCUCAGUGGCUUUGUGCUGCUGGUCACUGGCCUGACCCUGGCUGGGCUGGCUGCUGCCCCGGCCCCGGCACGGCCACUGGCUGCCAUGCUGUCUGUGGGCAUUACCUUGGCUUCCUUGGGCUCAGUCUUGCUGCUGGGGUUGCUACUGUACCAGGUGGGUGUGAGUGGACACUGCCCUCCGAUCUGUACAGAGGCAUUCUCCGCCCAAAAUGGCCACGGUGAUAACAGUAGCAUCUUUAGCAUCUCAGGACAGUUGUCUUCUGGCCAGCGUCAUGAGACCACCUCCAGCAUUGCCAGCCUCAUCUGACAGAGAUGGAGCCCUUCUUCCCAUGCCCUGCCUCAGUAUCCCCAGAACUUGUGGCAGACAUUCACAGGUGCACGCAUAUAUGUGUGUCGCCCCCACCCCCGCCAUGGCAUUUCAUGAUAUGUGAUUAGGAGCUCGUGUGCACCCUCAUAUCCAUUCCAUGAGAAGGUGAGGGAUACCUCCUUGGGGCUGUUUGUAUCAUGGACUGUCAUGCUCUAUGCCUGGUCCUGGGGUCUCUAGAGGAUACUCAUCUGGAGUCUCUGAAGACUUGACCCAUAUUUCCAAGACCCUACAACUCCAGCCUUGCCCUAUGACAUCAUCAAGGAUCUCCACAGAGGUGACUGUUGCCUAUCCACAACGACACUAGUGAUCACUCUUCAGAGAGUGACUCUCGGGAAAACUGAGAGAAAUGGCUUCCGGAUGAGAUGGACCUGACUGGGGAAACACCUUUGAGCUUGUAACCUAGCAGCUGGGGCCAGUGAGAGGUGACUCAGACACUCCUGCCUCAGUUUCUUAGAACAGUGUUGCUAUUGAUGCUUAAGAAUAAUUGCCUCUUGGGCAAGAUGAUUGGGCUCCUGGCAAAUGUUCAAUUAAAAAGUGACUAUAGUGAAAAUGAAAUAAAUUAUGGGGGAAAGGUGGCUGUA